AUGGCACCCCCUCACCAACCCAACAAAAACGAGUAUCCGGACCCCGCCGCCUUCUUCCAGCAGAUGAUGGGCGGCUUCGAUCCCAACCGCUCCGCUGCUACCGGUCGAGGCGUCGACCACAGCGGCGCCGACAACACCACCAACAACAACGCCAACUACCCUACCUUCUGGCCUGGCUUCCCCUUUGGCAGGCCUCCUCACCCUCCUGGGCCUCCGGGCGUUGACCACCCUCGGCCUCCCAGCCCUCCCGCGCCUCCCGGUCCCGGCCCUGUGCCUCCCCCGCCCCCUCCUCCCGACCACGGCCGCCACGGCCGCCAUCGCCAUCACCACCCCCCCGGAGCUUGGUCUUGGGGAGGAUCCGGCGGCGGCGGCGGCGGUUGGGGCGACUGGGAUGGCGGCAAUGACGGCGACUUUCACUUUGGCGAUGGCCACCGUCACGGUCGCCACGGUGGUCGUCACGGACGUCGCGGCCGCCACAACCACGACGGCGACGAAGAGGGCACUCGCGAGAAGCCCGUCGAUGUCUCUGCAGACGAAAAGAACAACGAAAAGUCUUCCUCCGAUGAGAAAAGGGCAACCCGCUCCGGCGAUGAAAAGACCGGCUCUCCUGAUACCGUGAGAGACGACGUCCGCGACCCCGACGAAAUGGUGCCCGAGUACGAAGAGGCAGCCAACAACAAAAACGAGGCCUUCACCGGCGGCUGGGGCGGCUUUGGCGGUCACGGCUGGGGAGGACGUCGCGGUCGCGGCGGCUUCGGUGGUGCUGGUCGCGGCGACUGGCACCGUGGAUUCGGCGGCCGCCGCCAUCACCCGGACCGCCGCAGCUGCCACUUCAACACCGCUCCCUUUGGCACUGAUGCCGGCCCCGGCUCCAACGCCGGCCCCAAUGCGUUCAGCUUUCCCGACAUGAUGCGCGGAUUCAUGAACCACCCCUUCCUCCAGCACAUGAGCGCCGCGGCCCGUAACUACAGCGGCAACGCCGACGGCAACAACACCACCGAGAACCACGACGACGUCGACUCCUUCUCGCCGCCCGUCGACCUCUUCAACACGGCCGCGGCCUACGUCCUGCACGUCGCCCUCCCGGGCGUCAAGCGCGAGGAUGUCGGCGUCCACUGGGACCCGGAGCACGGCACCCUCUCCGUCUCGGGCGUCGUGCACCGCCCCGGCGACGAGGCCUUUCUGCAGACGCUGCACUCGGCCGAGCGCCGCGUCGGCGUCUUCGAGAAGAAGAUUACCCUCCCGCCGCGGGAUCUGAGCGCUGCGCAGGAGCAGCCGCGCGAGGAGAUUGAUGCGGAGGGCAUCGCGGCCAAGCUCGACGAUGGCGUCCUGGUCAUCAUUGUGCCCAAGAUGGAAAAGGAGUGGACAGAGGUCCGCAAGGUUGACAUCUUGUAA